AUGCGCGGGCCUAACGCUAAGGAUGAAGUGGUAGCAGAGUCAGGUGGAGAAGUGGUAGAAGAUUCCGAAGACGACGAAUGGAAUUAUUUUAAAGUUGAAUCUGGUGUUAGCGUACCGGUUGAAAACGUCACUACUAACAACAAAUCGAUUUCUGGCGUUGCUGAAGAUUUGUCAGAAGAAAAAAUAAGCAUGAAUUCACCAUUGAAUCCAGAUGCUGCCGAAUUCAUUCCCGUUUCUCCCAUGUCUGCUCCCGGGGAAAAAUAUUUAACCGAAACACCCGUGAAAAAUAUUCCCCACGAUUUGUCCGACAUAAUCGCGUCUUCGCCGAAUUGGUCGAACAUGGAAAGCGUCACGGUUCCGGAAGAAUCGACUUUUAUGAGGGAUAUCAAAAGCAGACCGAGUAAUUUAUUUGAAGAAGCUCAGUUGUCACCGAAUAACGCCUUUUCGAAUUUCAACGAAGACUCGAAUAAUCAAUCACCGAAUUAUCAAAUUCCCGAUUAUGCAUCACCGCCCGCGGAAAACGAUUCGCCUAAAGAACAAAGCGUUCCUGAAGAAGCGCGUGGAAUAUCGUUGGCAAACGAUAUGAUUAGCUCUUUUAUAGAUCCAUCGACGAUGAGUUCACCGAAUGAAAUGAUGGAACAACACGUCGAUGUAUCAAAUGUGGAAGUGAACGAAUCAGUGGUCGAAGAAAAGAAAAUACCUUUGAGCCAAGAAGUACCGCAGACGCAAGAUGUCGAGGCACCCGAAUCAAAAUUAUUACACACGGAAUCGCCGAAUUUAGUUUGUUAUAGUCCUACCAAAGAUGUACCCGAACCUGUUUCACCAAUUCCAUCGACUCUUAAAUCGCCCGAAGUUGACAGAUCAUUUUCUCCAGAAUCGGAACCUAUCACGGAACCCCUUGUUUCUCCCGUACCCCCUACUGAUGUCCACAAUUUAACACAAACGCAAUCAUUUGCACCCGUGGCGACCGAAGAUUUAUCGUCGCAACUUGAAAAAUCUAAUGAAAGCAACGAAAAAUCUUUGCCCGACAAUGAAAAAUAUUUAGCUGCAGAUAAGAAUGUAGAAUCUGCUCCUGUUGUUGCUGGCGUUGUAGCAGCGAGUGCCGCUGCUGCUGCUACUGUUGCUGCUACUGCUGCUGCUGUUACUGACUUAGUCAAUAAAAAUGAAGUAAAAGAUGAUAAUAAACCUUCGCAAAAAAGUGUUCCUGGUAGGCUUUCCACGAAAACAACAGCUUCGAAGCCUUCAGUUACUGGAACCAAAACCACUACUGCUAAAAAAUCAUUAGCUCCAACGCCACCAGUUAAAUCAUCGGCAACCGCAAAGACUGCUUCAGCUUCACCUAUGAAAACAGCAACAUCAAGAUUAUCAACCACUGCUAAAACAACUUCCAAAGUUUCAAGCACUCUGACUUCCAGUUUAAACAAAACACAAGUUCGUCCAAAAACGAGUACUGCGCCCCCGGCUUCAAAGUCAUCAUUGUCUUCAACUGCAACUGCUGCAAAAUCAUCCUCGGUAGCAGGAAAGACGGCACCAAAAGCUCCGACUUCAACGGUACCGGCAGCAAAACCAAAACCCAGGGUUUCAUCCGCUCCGCUCGUAAAAAGAACUGCUCCGGGUCUUAACGGCGAAACCAAAAGCACGACCACGAUAAAACGAACAGAAGUAACUUCGCAAACUAAAAAACCAAUAUCCGCAAACACUUUAACCACACCUUCACGACUAUCAUCAUCCACUCGUCCAUCCACGGCACCAACCAAACCCGGCGGAACGGCGAGAACAACUCUAACAAUGGUGACAACAACAACAACAUCAAGAACUCUUCCGGGAAAAUUGAAAACGGGUACGAGCACCGUGACAACGAGUACAGUUACCACAUCGAGCAGAUUAUCUUCUGCCACGAAAAAACCAGUACUCGGAUCGGAUAAGCAAGCAAAAGAAUUGGCAAAUAGAUUAACAUCAAAAUCAACGGUAUCGUCAGUCAAAACGAAUGGAGUCAUUCCGGGUAAAACAACCACAACCGCAACCACAUUAACAAAAACGAGAAAAUCUUUGACGAGCGGAGCGACGCCGUUGAAAACAAAAACGAAUAACAAGACUGAAAGCAAGGCUGAAAAAAUUGUCGAAAAAACAAUUGAAACGAUCGAAACCAUGAAAAACGAAAGCGAAAACCUUUUGAUAGAAAACAAUAAGGAUAUUAAUUUAAUUAACAGCAUUGCGAGCGAGUAA